AACAAUCGUCCGAUUAAUCGGUAUUGGCUUUUUUUGGUCCUCCAAUUAUCGGUAUCGGCGUUGAAAAAUCAUAAUCAGUCAACCUGUAGGUCUUUCAGGGCCUUCGAGGUAUCUGCUUGGGGGGGAUAUACAUGGCUGUGACUUUCAUUCAGCCUUGAAGCAAUGUUUGUUUGCUGUUCUGGUAAAAAUAUAUUUGAGAAGUUAUUGUAUGAUGGUGCAAUGCAUCUGAUUCUUGAUAAUUCAAUGUCUGUAUCUGUCCUUUUCAAAUUCAGAGCUGAUUAUAGGUUUCAGCUGUGACUAUAACACUCAAUGUUAACUUGAUUCAUUUCAAGAUGGAGGAGUUAACCAGAGAGGAACAUCUAGCUAUGAUGCCUCUGAGUGGAGCGAAUCAAACUGAUUUAGAAGGGCUAUACAACAUGCAGACUAACUUCAAAUGCUGUGGGCUCGUACAAGGCUACCAAGACUGGGGCACAGACAUCCCCAUCUCCUGUCUCUGCUCUGAUGAGGACUCAACAGACUUUAAAUGUGUUGCUCCUGGUAACAAUACAAGAUUUGUUAUUCACUAUCCCAACAGUGAUAUGUCUGAGGAUGAUGACCACAAGGGAUUAAUGGAUGAACACAUGCUGGUAUAUAAAGAGCCAUGUCUUCCCAUCUUAAUCUCUUUCGUGGGCUAUGACAUCAUCCUGAUAAUAGGAACAUUAGUAGCACUUAAAGCAUUAUGGGAUGUUGGAGUUGUCCUGGCCAUCACAAUACUCUGCCAGAUGAGAAGAAAGGUUGAUGUGCCACCUGUGAUCUUCACCUCUCAACCACCUCAAUACAGAGAGCUGUGUGACACAGCAGAGAGUGUCUGAAAUGAAAUAGUCCUCUUAUGAAGGAGACUCAAUGCACUAGUCUGAGUGCCAGUCUGUUUGUGCCAUCAUGACAACUCCAGUCACUCAUUUGUGUCAAGCCAAACAUGACAAUGGGUGACAAAGAGUUGACUUGGCAAUGACAGACUGGCACGAUGGCCUUUAUUUAACUAGGCAAGUCAGUUACGAACAACUUCUUAUUUACAAUGACGGCCUACUGGGGAACAGUGGGUUAAACUGCCUUGUUCAGGGGCAGAACAACAGUUGGCAUUGGCCAGACCACAAACACCACAAACAGAUCUGGGAUCAGGUUAGCAAUGCACUCAUAUUAUGUACAUACUCAUAACACACAUGAAAGGACAACUCAGGACAUUAUUAGACAUUAGACAUCUCUACUGUGUUGUCCAAAGUGUUACUGUUCAACUGUUCAACCAUUUAACCAUUGUAGUGCCUCAGUGUUGGUUACAGUGUCUUAAAUAAAGGGACAAGCAUCUUUUAA